AUGCAGGAAGCAUCGCAAAAACUAGGAUUUUACUUUGGUGAGGAAGACAUGGAGUUUUCCAGCUUCUCAAGCGGGACCGAACGUGUUGUCAAGACUUGGCAAGCCUCCUUAGACGCCCCUCAAGAUGGCAUAGUGACUGCAGAACUUCUUGAACAACUUGUAAUAUCUUGUCUGGAUAACAAAGGGAGUACUCUGACUGCUACACAAAAGGUAUUGCCUUCUGACGACAUACCAUUAGCCUUUAUUAAGUGGAAGCCGUUGAUGUUUUAA